AUGUGCAAAGGCAGUCUCGGUUACUUGUAUUUGGAUGGAGUCAUAUUCGCCAACACACCGCUGGCUGAAUUUCAACCAACUAUGCAUUACGUCAUCGUGCCAUUGGCUAUCAUUAUCGUCGGUUCCUACGUGAUCGUUUCCUUGUUCUCAAGCGUUUACGAAAUGGGUGUGGAUACCAUUUUCUUGUGUUUCCUGGAAGAUCUGGAGCGAAAUGACGGCUCUCCGGAGCAUCCGUACUACAUGAGCAAGGAAUUAAUGGCCAUUUUGGGAAAGAAAAACGCACCGGAAAAAACGCCUAAACAGUCUGCUGAACCUGGCGAUCACUAA